AUGUACGAAAGAUAAAGUUCCAGUUGGAUUUAAAGAGGUUUUAAAUACUUAAUUAAUAUAUUUAAUCUCAGAGAUUUUAAAUAUCACUACAAAUAAAAUGUUGAGAUAAUAUUAGAUGCUGGAUCUCCUAUUACUUAUUGGAAAUCUCCAACUCAUAAUUUAUAUUCUCUAAAUGCUAAAGAUAAUCAAAACUGCAAUAAAUUAAUUCUUAAAUUAGAUAAUAUUUAUCUGUAUUCCUUAAAAUUAUAUUUAAUUUUUUCACCUGAUGAUAUUAAUCUACCUUGA